AUGUCAUCACAACAACGGCAACAACAAUCCAAUCCUGAAGCUUCAGCCGCAGCGGCGACGGCGGCGGCAGCGGCGGCAACCGUCCCCAACCUCAAAGAUCGAAUUCCCAAGCUCGAACCGCGCAAACGUCGCAACCAACCGACCAACCCGUCCCCUGUCCCCGAGACCCCAUUUCUCCCGCCACCACCUGACACCUCCCGCAAGGCCGGGUGGACGUUCAAGACGCCCACGCGACGCAUUCUAUCCCGCAAGGACCACGAAAUCUUCCUCAAGUCCAGUACCGUAACGCUCAUAAAGGCGUGGGUAUUCGGUCUGGCCGACGCCAUCGUCGACACGCCGUGCUCGGCCGUCACGGCCGACCAGGCUGGCGAGCCCAUCCGCGCCAUACUGUCCAUCCUCGACGAGGCAGAGUCUUUCGUCGCGCAGUCGCCGCCGGACGAGCAGGGGGGGUCACGCUUCGGCAACAAAGCCUUCAGGGGGUUCAUUGACCUGAUCCACCAGGCCAGUCCGCGAUGGCACGCGCAGCUCCUCGGGCCCGGCUCUGCUGACGCAGCCGAUGCGGCCGGGGAGGCGUCGGUGUACCUAUGCCACUCGUUCGGCAGCAGGGACCGCAUCGACUACGGGUCUGGUCACGAGCUCAACUUUGUCAUGUGGCUUCUCUGCCUGUACCAGACGUCGACGCUGCCGUCAUCCAGACCCACCCUCCAGGCCCUGUCUCUGCUCGUCUUCCCGCGCUACCUUACGCUCAUGCGCACCGUCCAGCUAUCCUAUUACCUCGAGCCCGCCGGCUCCCACGGCGUCUGGGGCUUAGACGACUACCAGUUCCUGCCCUUCCUCCUCGGCGCCCCCCAGCUCCUCCACCACCCAUACAUCACCCCGCGCUCCAUCCACCACGACCUCGCCCUCGAGGAGUCCGCCCACGACUACAUGUACCUCGGCCAGGUCGCCUUUGUCAACUCCACAAAGACGGUCAAAGGCCUGCGCUGGCACAGCCCCAUGCUGGAUGAUAUCUCCUCCGCCCGCUCCUGGGCCAAGAUCGACGCCGGCAUGAGACGCAUGUUCGUCGCAGAGGUCCUCGGCAAGCUGCCCGUCAUGCAGCACUUCUUAUUCGGCAGUCUUAUCCCUGCUGUCGACGGGAUGAGCGAGGAGGACGGCGAGGAAGGUGACCAGGGGCGUGAUGGCCAUCAACAUGAGCAUGGUGCCCAUGCUGGCCACGAUCAUCCCCCCGGUAAGGCGCAUGAUGGUACCGGCUGGGGUGAUUGCUGCGGAAUACCCGUUCCCAGCAGUAUUGCUGCCGCUCAGGAGAUGAAGAGAGGUGGUGGCCAGUCAUUGAGGAGGAUUCCCUUUGAUUGA